AUGUUUCUUGCUAAAUUGUUCCAUCGUAAAACUCCAGACUCAGAAUUAAAAUCUAUAAAAAAUGAAAAUAAUACAUUAUCUUCAUCAGAAAAAUCAGAAUUUCCAAAUCAAAAUUUAGUUUAUCCAUUCCAUACCGAAAAAGCAACGAGUUUUCCUCCUCCACUUUUGUUAGAUGCAGCAGUGCAUGCUAAUCCUCAAACUAUUGCAACAAAAUCUGAAAAUCCAAAGAAUUUAAAAGAUAUAAGAAGAGAAAACAAUGAUAUUAAGAGAGAAAAUAACGAUAUUAAAAGAGAAAUCAAGGAUAUUAGGAGGGAAAACAACGAUAUUAGAAGAGAAAAUAAUGAUACUAGGAGAGAAAAUAACGAUGCUAGGAGGGAAAGCAAGGAUAUUAGGAGGGAAAACAACGAUAUUAGAAAGGAAAGCAAGGAUAUUAGAAGAGAAAACAACGAUAUUAGGAGGGAAAUCAAUGACAUUAGGAAGGAAAUCAACGAUAUUAGAAGGGAAAAUGAUGUUAGGAGAGAAAAUGAUGUUAGAAGAGAAAAUGAUGUUAGAAGAGAAAAUGAUAUUAGAAGGGAAAAUGAUAUUAGAAGGGAAAAUGAUGUUAGAAGAGAAAAUGAUGUUAGAAGGGAAAAUGAUGUUAGGAGAGAAAAUGAUGUUAGGAGGGAAAAUGAUGUUAGGAGGGAAAGCAACGAUGUAAGGAGGGAAAUCAAGGAUAUUAAAAGGGAGAUCAACGAUAUUAAGAAAGAAAAUGAUAUUAGAGAAGAUGAAGUGAAAGUUGAAGUCGAAGAUGAAGUCGAAGAUGAAAUGGUGGAUGAAAUCGAAGAUGAAAAAAUAUAUUUGGAUGAGUACGAUAUUUGCAAUUUGCAAACUUGUCCAAAGAAAGAAUAUAUUUCUGAAAUUUGUGAAAGUCCUUUAAUAAAAGAAAUUGUUAAAUGUGAAUCAGAUUGUAAAAUCAGUCCCAUAAAAUUAACACAAAUGAUCAAUAGUUCGAUUAAAGAAGCGAUGCAGACUAUUGUGGAGCAAUGUAGAAUGAAAGAAGAAAAGAAUCUUGAUAAGAAGCCGGAAGAAAAGAAUCUUAAUAAGAAACCGGAAGAAAAGAAUCUUGAUAAGAAGCUGGAAGAAAAGAAUCUUGAUAAGAAUCUGGAAGAAAAGAUUGAUAGAUCAAUCUGUUAUGUUAAGAAAAUUCCAGUAAAGAUCAAGCGUGAGCAUCGAGCACGUGGAAUUCAGGCAAAUCAAGAACAUCACAAUAAUCGUUGCAAAAUUACAAAAUCGAAUCGUCUUCAAGAAAAAUAUAACAUUGCUCGUAUGAAUCUUAAAAAAUUACACGAAGAACAUGUAAAACGUUUGCGUAAAAAAAAGAAAGCACUUGAAGAGGAAAAAAAGAAAAUCACGAAACAAUCAAAACGCUCAAAAUCAUCGAAUAAUUUGAAAACUGAUAAUCGUAAAAUGACUGGAAAUGUAAAUAUUUAUAUCUGUUCGGAAGCUACUGAAAAUGCUCAAGAAAAAGGUAAGAAACAAGAAAAACCUCAACCGUGUGCUGAAUCUAGUUCAGAAACAACGACAGAAUCAUCAAAAAUUUCGUCGAGCAAGCUUGUUACUUGCAUUCGAAAUAAACGUAAAAAAUCUGUAGAAAAUUCAUUGGACAGUCUCUCGAAGGAAGACGAAAGUAAUAAAAGUAAUGAUACUAGCCUUAUAUGCAGUUGUAGUUCCAAAUUUUCAGAUUCAAAGACCACGAUAAAAGUAGAUAGUAGUGAUAUUCUUGAAAUUUGUCACGAUCUUGAUAAAGAUGAAAGUAGCUCGACAACAAUCGAAUCUACUUUGAUCGAGUGUAAAUGCAAAGACGCAAGUGUUAGCGAUGUAUGUGUGAAAAAAUCUUCUGAUACGCUUUCUGAAAGGCCUAAAUAUAUCAUAUGUGACAAAAUAGAAAAACCUUGUUCCACGAUAUAUCCUAAAAAAAAUUUAUCGGAUUCAGAAAGUGAAGGAUGGUCUUCAAAAUCGACUAACAGCAAUCGAGACAUAAAAUGUUUUCUACCUGAUUCUUGGUCAGAAGAAUUAGAUCCUAAUAUGAAUUAUCAUACUUGCGAAAGUGAAACGAAACAUACUAAAAUUAUUAAAAGUUUAUGCAAAUGUCGCAAAAAAGAUGAAAAAUUAAAUAGUAAAUAUAAUAUGCGAUGCAAAUAUUGUCGUAAAAGGCGUUCAUCUAAAAUAAUUGAUAAAGAAUCAUUGUUAAUUUGUAAGUGCAUAACAGAGGAGGAAGAGGAAGAAGAAGAAAAAAAAUCCAUAAAAUGUGUACCAUGUCCGAAAUAUUCAGAAAAUAAAUUUAUAAAGUCUGUACCAUGUCCAGAAUAUUCUGAAAAUAAAUUUAUAAAGUCUUCUGUACCAGGUCCAGAAUAUUCAGAAAAUAAAUUCAUAAAGUCUGUACCAUGUUCAGAACAUUCUGAAAAUAAAUUUAUAAAGUCUGUACCAUGUUCAGAACAUUCUGAAAAUAAAUUUAUAAAAUCUGUACCAUGUUCAGAACAUUCUGAAAAUAAAUUUAUAAAAUCUAUACCAUGUCCAGAAUAUUCUGAAAAUAAAUUUAUAAAGUCUGUACCAUGUCCCGAAUAUUCAGAAAAUAAAUUUAUAAAAUCUGUAUCAUGUCCAGAAUAUUCUAGUGACAAAUCUGUUGAAUGUGUACCAUGUCCAGAAUAUUCUGAAAACAAAUUCAUAAAAUCUGUACCAUGUCCAGAAUAUUUUGUCGACAAAUUUAUAAAAUCUAUACCAUGUUCAGAAUAUCCUGAAGAAAAAUACGUAAAAUCUGUACCAUGUCCAAAAUAUCUUGUCGACAAAUUUAUAGAAUGCAAAGUAGAGAAGGAAAAAAUAAAGGUAGAAAAAGAAAAAGAAAAAGUAGAAAAUGAAAAAAAAAAGGUAGAAAAGGAAAAAGAAAAAAUAGAAAAGGAAAAAGAAAAAAUAAAAAAGGAAAAAGAAAAAAUAGAAAAGGAAAAAGAAAAAGUAGAAAAUGAAAAGAAAAAGGUAGAAAAGGAAAAAGAAAAAAUAGAAAAGGAAAAAAUAGAAAAGGAAGAGGAAAAAGAAGUAGAAAAGGAAAAAGAAGAAAUAGAAAAGGAAAAAGAAAGAGAAAAAGUAAAAAAAGAAAAAGAAAGAAUUGAAAAGGAAAAAGAAAUAGAAAAGGAGAAAAAAAAAGAAGUAGAAAAAGAAGAAGAAGUAGAAGAAGAAAAAGAAAUAGAAAAGGAAGAAGAAAAAGAAAAAGAAAAAGAAAUAGAAAUAGAAAAAGAAAAAGAAAAAGAAAUAGAAAAGGAAGAAGAAGAAAAAAUAGAAGAGGAAACUCCAAAGAAAGGAAAUGAUAAAACUCAAGCAAAUACUAAAAUUGAAAUAAAAAAUGCAGAAAAACAAUUAGUAAAAUUUACUCCCACUAAAAUGAAUCCACAUACGGCAAUAAGAAUAGAAAGAAAUCAGAAAUUUCAACCGAAUCCUUUACUAAAUAAAGAUAUACCUGUUUCGUCAAAUCAAGAUAAAAUAACAAUACAUAAAAAUAAUGAAAAGCCUGAAAAGAUACUUGAACCUCGAAAAUCUAAAGAUAUCAAUAAAGCUCAAAAAGAAAUAUUAAAAAAACCUGAAAAACCUCGAGAAUCUCAAGACAUUGCUCGAGACAAAGCUCAAAAAGAGAUAAUAAAAAAACCUGAAAAACCUGCCAUUCAAGAAAAAAAAGAAACUAAACCUAAAGUAACUGAAAUAAAAGAAGAAGAAAAACCAGUUAAAAAAAUACAUCUCGAUGUAUGUUCCGAAAAAGAAACUACCACGGUAUGUACAAAAUCUUCCGGAAUAGAAUCUCAUACGAUAUGUACAGAUUCGAAUUAUGAAAAGUAUUCAAAUACUCACGAAUAUGUUACUACCGAAAAAAGUAGAUGUAGUUGUUGUUAUAAUGCACCUGUACAAAAAUAUGAUACCGAACCUACAAAUUAUCUUAAAAGUUGUUUAAAAAUGGAAAAGCAAUGUUAUCAUACCAAUUCUCAAGAAAGUGCUCGUCCAAAUUCAUAUUACGAUAGAAAUUGGGAUGAUUGUAAUUGUAGAAGAAAAAUCCUUUGCAACGGUUCUUGUAGAUCACGAAAUUCAGAAUUCAGAGCGCCCGUACGAAAGUGUUCGUACUGUCAAUUGCCCAUAGAUUUGUGUACGUGUAAGAAUCAGGAAAUAAUACACGAUGGAAGAUCGAUCAUGAAUGAAUCUGACAACGAUCGUACCAUGUACGUUACGGCAUGGAAGCCCAGAGAAGAAGUACGGCGUUACUUUUCCAGAAAUUUAAUCGAACAUGAAACCGAUUCUAUGAAUGAAUGCCGUUAUUGUGAAAAACUUAAAUCGCAUAAUUCUGAUCUACCUUAUCAAAGAUUGAGCGUAUUUUCCGACGUGAUGGAUGAAUUACAACAAAAAAUAAGCGCGUCUACAUGUUGUACACGAUAUCUGGUACUUCCAGUUGCUGAUUUUUUUAUUACAUUCUUUGCUACAGCUGCAUUACGGCCAGAGAGCGCAACAAGUCGAGGCCAUGCAGGUGCAUUGAUUCACCUUGUCGUACGAAAGAAAAGGAAAGCGUUCCAUGUGGAAAAACAUCCACGAAACCGAAGAACAAUGACGAAAAGACAAUUUGUGUGCACUAAUAUGACACCUGUGUGGUUACUUGACUUAGAAGUACAAUGCACUGUUCAAGAUUUUUAA